AUGGGUAAUAUAAUGUCAUCAAGUUUUGCACCUGAAUGUACUGAGCUGAAAAAGAAAUACGACAGUUGUUUCAAUGAGUGGUACACGGAGAAAUUCCUCAAGGGUAAAUCCAUCGAGAAUGAGUGCUCGAAAGAAUGGGACAACUACAUAAAAUGCGUCGAUAGAAACCUGGUAAAAUCAGGAAUCAAACCUGCACUGGAUGAAGCAAGGAAAGAAGCUCCAUUUGAAAACGGCGGUGAUCUAAAUAAAGAUUAA